AUGCCUUUUUCUUUACUGCUACUGAACGCGAAAAAAAAUAACCAACUUAUGUGUAUUAUCUCCUCCAUAAUAGUAGCUCCCUCCAUAUUAUUAGCACCGGAAGAUAUUACUCUUGAAAUAAUAAAUCAGUUAAUCCGAGGCCCUGAUCAGCUUCCUAAUAAAUUUGACUUGGCAAAUUUCCUUAACGAAAGUCCUCCAGUAAAAAUACCACUUGCACCUAAUCAUUAUUUCCAAUUUAAUACUAGCCUGGGCGGUAUAACUAAAGAAGAGCGAGAUACAUAUUUUGUACUAAGUACAGAAGCGGAAUGCACUUCACUUUAUUUAAGACUUAUAGCACCGUUAAUUUAUCCACCCUCAUAUGGAAAAACUGAAGACUCGUAUCAUUGUUUAUGGGAUAGUGUUAUUAAAAAUACGAUAGAGACAUUUGGGAUGCAUAGCGGUAGUUUGUCAAAAUUGGAAUUUGAUCGCAAUACGAGUAAACGAGGUCGCAAUCGCCCGGACAUGGUGGUAUUAGUGGGAAAUGUUUGUCCUUUCCGAGGUGAAGAGAAGUCCCGGGAAGACUCAGGAGAUCCUUCAAGUGAAUUGGUUGAUAAAAUCGAAGAUUGGUCUUACGGAGAUGCUCCAUAUAUAUUUGCAUACUAUGCUAUUGGUGUUCAAGUCACAUUGGUUAUUUUGUAUAAGCCUGAAAAUAAGAAGAGAAAACUGAACGUUUGUUCUGAAAAAAUUGCAGAAUUUGAUUUAGGACGUUUGUCGGAUAGAAUUCGCAUCAUGAAUUUCCUUCGAAAUAUUUGUCGUCUAUUACCUCUUAUAGCGAAUUUAUGCCCUCCGAGGGAAUCGCCAGAAUUUCAAACAAUUUUUCGACCAAGUGGAACUGUUAUUGAACUUGGGUAUACAAUUAAAAAAAAAUUUGCGGACGAAAGGCAAGUUACUCAUUUAAAAGAAAUUUAUGGAAUGCUAAGCGCAAAUAAUAUUAGAUUUUCCGACAAAUUAGAAUAUGCAUCUACACAUUCUGUUAAUUUGGCACCACGUGGGGAACAACGUGAACCAAAUGAUCUCAAAGAAUUACUGCAGGCAUUAAUUUGUACACUAACUUGUUUGAAGCCUUUACAAGAAUUUUCUGAAAGUGAUCAUGCUCCGGAAAUGCUAAAUAAAAAGCAUGAUUUUAAGGUUGAUAUUUGGGGUGUUGGGAAUUUAGUCGGUUUAUGUAAUGUCACAGGUAUUCCUUCAGAACUUUCAAGCUUCAGCACAGAUUUGUGUAAAAGUAAUCCAAAUGAACGACCAACUGCUUCAGUUGCUCUCGAUCGGGCAAAAAAUAUGUUUAGAGAGGAUGCUCUUGCAUCUAAAACAGAUGAUGAUACCAAGAGAAUCGAUCAAUCUUCAGUUAAUACCACCUUUACCAAAAUGGAAAAUUCUAACGAUACUCAUGAACAGUUAGACUUACAAUGUGAUGAUAUUCCUGUACGCCUUUCAACCACUCCAUCUAUCCCAUUGUCUCAUACCUCUAAUUCGGAAAACGAGGACGGGAAUAAGAAUAACGAUAUAAAUACAAUACUUUCUGAUGACGAAGAAGAUGUAGGUUAUUACUAUGAUUUAGGUAGCAAAAAUAAAGCAGAGAUAAGCAAGGAAGUUUCACGAAGUGAGGAUGCUCCCACAUCUGAAUCUUUACUGGAGACUAAGAUAACGUUAAUUGGACUUUCAUUUUCAUCUACAAGAAUAACCCUUGCGACAUCUUCGUUUAACUCUUCGACCUUUACUCGGAUGUUAUCACAACCAGUAUCAAAGACUCUUGUCUCUCCCGCCUUAUAUGAGAAAAUAUUUGUGGACAUCACGACUGUUAAUAAAAACAAGGCUAUUAAUACAUGA